AUGGCUACAGGGCAGAGAAUGGAGAAUAUGAAUAAAAAAAGCAUUACCCAAACCAAAAUAGAAGAACUUAAUCUCGAAAGAGUUCAAGUUGAAAAAGCAGCUCGGGAACGAAUUAAAAAAGAUGGAGAAAAAGAGUUUUGGUGGUUAGAACAUGAAGUUAGAGAAAAAACUGAGUUCGAUAUUUAUUAUCAGGCUUUGGAACUUUUUAAAGAAAUGAUUUUAAAAAAGUUAGAAGAUAAAGAAAAUAAUCUCCAAAAGCAAAAAGCCCAAGAACAAAGUUUAAAAUUAGGGCAAUUCUAUACUCCCGAAUGUUUAGUAGAGUUAUGUUUGGAACUUUUGCAACCAAAAGGCGAAUUAUUUGAUCCUUGCUGUGGUUUAGGUUCUUUUUUACUGAAAGCCAAAGCAAAAGAUGAAAGUUUAAAAAUUAGCGGGAAUGAUAUUGCCACUGAUUUAGGCGAAUUACCCUUUGAAUUUACUAGUUCUGAUUAUUUAAAAAGUGAAGAUAAAGAACAUGAUUACAUUAUUGCUAAUAUUCCGUUCAAUAUUAAGAAAUCUCACUUCAGUUAUGAACAAAUUAAAGAGAGCAAUUUCAUAUUAGUUCCUAGCAGAUAUGAAAAAUCAACCGAGUCAAAUCUUUCUCCCGAAGAAAUUGAUAAAAAGUUAGUUCGAUGUGCUUACGAAUUACGCUAUUCUUUACAUUUACUAAUUGCGGAUGCUUAUAAUAAGUUACUGAAUUUGGAUAAAUUUGAGGAAAUGGAAAACCAAGAAAGGGAUGCUCCGCUGGCUAAUUUAUUGGGAGAAAGAGAAAGAAUUGAGUAUUUACAGAAAAAAAUCCAAGAUUUAAUGUUAGAGAAAUAUUUUAAAGAUAGUAAAGAAGAAUGCAAAACUCCACCCACCAAAAAUCCGGAAUAUUACGAAAAUGGAACUCUACCUUGGCUAAACGGCGGAGCCUUAACCAAUCUUUAUUUUUUAACUGAGGAAACCAAACCAAGCAAAAUGAUUACUGAAAAAGCCCGCCUUGAGUAUCCUUUAUUACUAGCUCAAUCCAACAGUGUUGUAUUUUCUAAUGUUAAUACUGAUAAGGAAAGUUCUAAUGAAUUAACCACUGCUACUCUCUUUUUCGCUUUACGACAACUGAACUUUUCUUUUUGUUCAAACGGCAGUGUUUUUAUGGAAGUUCAAGCUCCGCUUUUUAUGAAUAUGAAAAUCAACUGA